CUCACUUCACCCCCUUCUCAGAUCGACUUACCGGCCUCCUCUGUUUCGUUCGCGCCAUCACUCAACAACGAAACCAACGACGAACGAAACGACAGUGGAAUGGAAAAUCGUUAAUGGCGACUGAACAAGAUUACAUCAACGACUCUCUCUAAUGGAGAGGAGGAACUAGGUUAUUGUGGGACAAGACUGACAUGUGCUGUAAGAAAUGAGACCUGGGAAACAUAAUUAGAACUAAAUGGAUGCUUACAUUUGAAAGGAAUCAUCAUCAUCAUCUUGAGUUCUGGUUUUGCUAGAGGUCUGGUUUUCUGUGAAAGGAGGGAAGAGAAUCAUCAUACCAAUUUAUCUCACAGUGUUUAGCCUUAUUAUAGAUUUGAGUAAUGGCAUCUCAGAAUGAAGAGGAACAAACAGAGGAUUACCUAUUCAAAAUCGUAAUGCUUGGUGAUUCUGCGGUUGGAAAAUCAAAUUUACUUGCAAGAUUUGCUAGAGAUGAAUUUUACCAAAACUCGAAAUCAACCAUAGGUGUAGAGUUUCAGACACAAACACUGGAUAUAAAUGGGAAGGAAGUUAAGGCACAGAUAUGGGACACAGCUGGUCAAGAGAGGUUCAGGGCUGUUACAUCUGCAUAUUACAGAGGUGCAGUUGGUGCACUUCUAGUAUACGAUAUCAGUCGACAACAGACAUUUGAAAACAUCAGCCGAUGGCUCAACGAACUCCACACGCAUUCUGACAUGAACGUGGUAACAAUACUUGUUGGUAACAAAUCAGAUUUGAAAGAUUCUAGAGAAGUGGCAACAUCAGAAGGAAAAUCAUUAGCAGAGGCAGAAGGAUUGUUCUUCAUUGAAACAUCUGCUCUUGAUUCUUCAAAUGUUACUGCAGCUUUUCAAAUGGUGGUUAAAGAGAUUUGCAACAUAUUGACAAAGAAAGUUAUUCAAUCACAAGAACUGGAUAAACAAGAUCCUUCAUGGACAGGAGAUGGUAAAACUGUCAUUUUAAAAGGUGAAGGGUCAGAAGAUGCAUCAACUGUAGAAGCUAAAAAAGGUGGUGGGUGUUGUUAAUCGUUGAAUUAACCGAGUUUUUAUUUUUCUCUAUUUUUGUUUCCAUUUUUGUGGAUUUUUGUUUUAGUAGAUUCAUGGAGUUUUGGAAGCCCGAAGAGAGGUAAAUAUUUGACUUUUUACUUGGAUGAGAUUUUCAAAUAAAGGGUUGAACUAAUGCA